AUGUCUAGGGAGAUGCAUACCACAGGGAUAGAAAAUUGUUCAGUUAUCCGUCCACAACAGCACAGAGGACAAAGAUGUCGCAACACAAACCAGCUAACAGAGGAAGAGGAAGAGAGACAGAAACACCGAACCAAGAAAAAUGUGGGGGACCCAGACAUUGUGAAGUCCCCUAGUGACCCUAAAGAAUACCGGUACAUCAAAUUAAAGAAUGGCUUGCAUGCACUCUUGAUAUCUGACUUGACUGUUGAUGAGUGCAAUUCUUCAUCAGAUGAGGAAGUAGAAGAUAGGAUGUCUUCUGGAAAUGAAACAGAUGAUGAUGAAAACAUUGUUGCAGACCAAGGCAAUGGCAUUGAGGAAGAUGAGAGGAAAGGUGGGAAUGCAGGAUCUGAAGAUGAAUCAGGAGGUGGAGAAGUUGGUAGUGAUGCAACAGUUGAAGAUUUUGGUGGAGAAAUGGUUGUUAAUGAUAAUGUUGGCAAGCGUGUUGGCAAGCAUGGGAGAAAGAGUAAAGAUCAUGUGGAUGCUGAUAUAUAUGAAGAACUCGUGAAACAAGAAGACGCCAAUAAGAUGGGGAGUACAGAAAAGCAAUCUGCAGCUGCCCUUGCUGUUUGCAUUGGCAGUUUCUGUGACCCGGAUGAUUUACCUGGACUAGCUCAUUUUCUGGAACACAUGGUAUUCAUGGGUAGCAAAAAAUACCCAGAUGAAAAUGGAUUUGACACAUUCCUCAAGAAACAUGGGGGCUCGGACAAUGCUUCAACAGACGCAGAAAAAACAGUCUUCCAUUUUGAUAUCCAGAAGAAAUAUUUUAAAGAAGCCCUUGACAGAUGGGCACAGUUUUUCAUUCAUCCUCUGAUGAUUAAAGAUGCAAUUGACCGUGAAGUUGAAGCUGUAGAUAGUGAAUAUCAAAUAGCAAGGCCCUCUGAUGCUAACAGAAGGGAAAUACUGCUUGGAAGCCUUGCAAAACCAGGACAUCCUAUGAGAAAAUUCUUUUGGGGUAAUGCAGAAACACUUAAACAUGUGCCAAAAAAGAAAAACAUUGACACAUAUUCAAGACUACGGGAUUUCUGGAAACGUCACUAUUCAGCCCACUACAUGAAUCUUGUUGUUCAAUCAAGAGAGACCCUGAAUGUUUUGGAAAAAUGGGUGACUGAAAUCUUCUCACAAAUCCCAAAUAAUGAAUUACCUAGACCAACUUUCAAUUACCUGAAGGAUCCUUUUGAUACACCUGAAUUCAACAAGAUUUACAGAGUUAUUCCAGUGAAAGAAAUACAUUCAUUGAGCAUCUCUUGGGCUCUUCCCACACAAGAAAAGAAUUAUAGAGUGAAGCCUCUUUACUACAUCUCUUGGCUGAUGGGACAUGAAGGGAAAGGCAGUGUGCUGUCACUUCUCAGAAAGAAGUUUUGGGCUCUUGCAUUAUUUGGAGGUAACGGUGAAACAGGAUUUGAACAAAAUUCUACAUAUUCCCUCUUCAGCAUUUCGGUGACUUUGACAGAUGAAGGCUUGGAACAUUUCUAUGAGGUUAUUCAUCUUAUAUUCCAAUACUUGAAGAUGUUGAAAAAAAAUGGCCCCGAAAAAAGAAUAUGGGAAGAAAUUCAGAAGAUUGAAGGCAAUGGAUUUUGUUUCCAGGAACAGUCUGAUCCCCUUGAGUAUGUAGAAAACAUCUCUGAGAAUAUGCACAUAUUUCAGAAGGAAGACCUACUGAUAGGAGAUCAGCUACUGACUGAGUAUAAACCGGAAGUCAUUGCUGAUGUCCUCAAUCAUCUCUUGCCUCAAAAAGUAAACAUCUUUUUCUUAUCUCCUGCCCAUGAGGGGAUGUGUCACUUGAAAGAAAAAUGGUUUGGGACAAGAUACGGUGUAUCAGACAUUGAUGAAUACUGGAGAAAACUGUGGGCCACUGAUUUCGAAUUAAAUCCAGAGUUUCACCUCCCAGGGGAAAAUAAAUACAUAGCCACAGAUUUCUCUGUAAAGCCAUUCAGCAAGAAGGCCACUGAAUAUCCCCAAAAGAUAUUGAAUACACAACAAGGCUGUCUGUGGUACAAGGAAGACAACAAAUUUAGUGUCCCCAAAGCAUUUAUCUGUUUCUUUCUGGUGUCUCCAUUGAUACAACAGUCUGCACUGAAUGUAGUCCUUUUUGAUGUUUUUGUAAACAUUCUCACCCACAACCUUGCUGAAUCAGCAUAUGAAGCAGAUGUUGCUCAGUUGGAACAAAAAGUUCUAGCUAAAGAGCAUGGCCUCACCAUACGAGUGAAAGGUUUCAACCAUAAGUUACCUCUGCUUUUUCAACUUGUCAUUGAUCACUUGGCUGAUCUCAGUAUCACACCUUCAGCUUUCCAGAUGAUAAUUGAGCAUGUUAAAAAAACAUAUUUUAACUAUCUCAUCAAAACAGAUACACUGUCAAAAGAUCUGCGACUCACAAUACUGGAGCAUGGCAGAUGGUCCUUAACAGAGAAAUAUCAGACUAUUACUAACGGCAUUUCCUUAGAAUCUUUUCUGGAAUUUGUGAAAGCUUUCAAGACACAGCUGUGGGUAGAAGGACUUGUCCAAGGAAAUUUUACAGCUCAAGAAUCAAAGGAGUUUAUGAACUAUAUUGCUCAAAAACUACGUUUUCUUCCGCUAAUACAUCCAUGUCCUAUCCAGUUCCGGGUAAUAGAACUGCCAAAUACUCACGUUCUGUGUAAAGUAAAAUCCCUUCACAAAGGAGACCCAAACUCUGAUGUCACUGUCUAUUACCAGACUGGUGCUAAGAAUUUAAGAGACUAUGCACUCACCGAAUUACUCGUGAUGCACAUGGAAGAGCCAUGCUUUGACUUCCUGAGAACCAAGAAUACCUUGGGCUACCAGGUCUAUCCUUCCACAAGAAAUACAUCUGGGAUCCUGGGUUUCUCUGUUACCGUAACAACACAAGCAACCAAAUAUAACACUGAAUUGGUCGAUAGAAAAAUAGAAGAAUUUAUGGUACUCUUUGAGGAAAAACUCCGAAACUUAUCUGAAGAAGAAUUCCUUGCUCAGACUUCAGCUCUAAUAAAGCUUAAACAAACGGAUGACUCCCAUCUUGGUGAAGAAGUGGACAGGAACUGGAACGAAGUGGUUACUCGACAGUAUUUGUUUGACAGACUGGCCCGAGAGAUUGUAGCACUGAAAAGCUUUACCAGAGCACAUUUGCUGAACUGGUUCUUAAUGCACAGGGGCAAGCACAAACGGGUCUUAAGCACUCAUGUGGUUGGAUAUGGUAAACAGGAAGGAGAUGUAGAAACUCCACAUGCCUCCACUGCUAAAGACUCUUUAUUUGGCAAAACACCUGAACUAACAUUUUUACCCUCUUCUCCUCGACUGAAUCUCCCUGCGAUUAGAGAUAUACGAGCUUUCACCUCAACUCUUAACAUUCUUCCUUACCACAGGAUAGUGAAAUAAAGUUUUGGCAGUUUUACCCCA